AACAGUGUGAAGUUAUAACUUAAAAUGUUAGUGUCAGUGUUACUAAGUUUAAUUGUAAUAUCAACAUUCAACACAAGUAAUGAAGUAAAUUCAUUAAAUAUAUUAGGAGUGUUUCCGUAUCAAGGGAAAAGUCACUUUUAUGUUUUUGAACCAUACUUAAAGGAAUUAGCAAACAGAGGAUACAACCUAACUGUUAUUUCAUACUUUCCACAGAAAGAACCGAUUAAAAAUUAUCAUGACAUUAGUUUGGCUGGAAAAUCUAUGAUAUUUGAAGGUAUAGUCCCAUUUCAAAAACAUUCCUCGCUAACAAAUAUGUUAACUAGCUUGGGACUGUCGUAUUUAGCGGUUGAUAAUUGUCACAUUAUGAUGGAUGAUGAAGAAGUGCAAGAUUUAUGGAAAACAAAAAUGAAAUUCGACGUAGCAGUUGUGGAACAAUUUAAUGGUGACUGUGCUUUAGGACUCGCGUAUAUCCUGAACACACCUGUUAUCGCUCUCACAUCUCAUCUUUUGAUGCCAUACCAUUACGAUCGUUAUGGAAUUUCUUACAACCCGUCGUACAUACCGUUCUUAUUAUUAGAAGGAAGCACUGAAUCGACACUCAUGCAACGUUUGGCACAUACUAUAUCGCAUAUUUACAUGAAAUUUAUUUACCAAUACUUGACGCAAAGGUAUGAAUAUAAAAUAAUUUCUAAAUAUGUCAAUAAUAUGCCACCACUAGAAGAAUUAGGGCGUAAUAUUAAAUUUCUACUACUGUACAAUAAUAUGAUGUUAACUGGAUCAAAUAUUUUACCGGCCAAUGUAAUUGAAGUUGGCGGUUAUCACGUUGCUAAACCGCAACCUCUGCGUGAUCACAUCCAAAUGUCAUUGCAUUUUAUUCCCACUGCGGCAUGUUGGGGACAACUGAAGCUUUAUAUCAUGGAGUGCCUCUAG